AUGCGGAAGGGAGCGUCAACAGAGGAUUCUCCUACAGAAAGAAAGACUUCCUCCAAUCAAAUCACUGAUGGACCACCGCAGUACAAAAUUGCCUUCAACGUGGGGAACUCUGUCACAUCUCCGCCGUUCUGGAUACUAAUUUCCGCAGGGGUAGCAGCUUGUGUGGGAGUAUCCUUUGUGACAGAUUCAAGCUUUGGAAUCUACCAGAAAGGUGAAGGGCAUCUCAACAUAAAAUUCAUUGCUGGCUCCACAUUUUUGGCAACUGCUAUUGGAAGUCUGGGAUUGUCACUGGGAUACUUGUUUGGAUCAGAACCAGUUCCACAAGAAAUUGUGUUCACUACUCUGAUGAUAAUCUGCAAUGUUAGUGUCAUAGUGACACAUGCCAUGGCAGAUGAAAAGAACCUGAGAGAUCCUCUGAUUUCUGCUUGCAUCUGUACUGCUUUUCUUCUGGCACAAACAGUUUUUCUUGUGGUUAAAUUCAGGAUUCUUUGUGUGUCUCAAAUUGGCCCUGCCUCGAUUUGUCCCAGAUCCAAACAAAAUGAAGAUCUGCGGGGAGCUCCAUCUGUUGGAAACUCACCCAAGCAAAGCAGCAGCUAUACCGACACAACCAGUCCCGGAACCCAGUUCCACAAUAGUUUUACCGGAAACGUCGACGAUAGUCUCAGACGCCGCCGGAUUCAGUUUUUGAACAUCGAGAAAUUUCACAAGCGCCAAAGCGGCGUCCCACACGACGCAACCGACAUCGCCGACUAA